AUGUGGAACAUAAUCAUCACCAAUAAGAUCACUCAUCGCAGCAUCAACACCAAAUUCCACGUCCAGCAAUUCAAUGGGCGUCUCCGGAAUGCCGUUGGUCCCCAAACCAACCAACAUCCCACCACAGACGCUAUCACACCCACCCAUCAACGAACUAUCAUGACCAAGUCGAACCGUGAUCCGCGACUUCUCCGAACAAUGGUUCCUCAUCCCCCCCAGAAAAAAGCAACAACAGCCACAGCCCUCCACCAAGUAGACUUCCGCUUCCCGGGCCUCACACCAAUAUCCUAUACCCUCUGGGUAACCUCCAUCAUCCUCCUACUCAUACUACACGACGACGCAGAACUCGCAGGCCUCUCCAGCAUCUCCAAUACUUUCACCUCCGUAACACAAAUUGCCUCACUCGCCCUCGCCGCCGGCUCCCACGAGUCGCCAUGGACCGCAACAGUCCACAUCCUAUGGUGGAUCCCCUUCUCGCCCUCGCCCUCGCAACAAUCCUCAUUCUCACCUUCAACUUCAUCAUAG